AUGAAGUUUAAUUUAAAAGAGAUUGCAUUAAAAAUAAAAAAUGAUAAAAAAAAGGAAGAAAAAACAUUAUUGAAACAACUAAAAAAUAUAGUAUAUAAAAUAAGAAAAAAAGUUAAUUUAAAAUUUUUUCUUAAAUCUGAAAGAGGAAGUAUAUUAUUAUACUACGAUGAAUAUUCUUGCGAAAAUAAACAAAAAGUCAAUAUAACUGCAUUUCUAUCUCCUAUUUUUUUAUCUUUCUAUAAGAUAAAAUAUUUUAUUAUUAAUUUAUUUAAUGAUGCUUGCUUUUUUUAUAUUUUGAAAAAAAAAAGAAAAAAAUCUAAAAAUGUAACAAAAAAAUUAGAAAAAGAUAAAACCAUUUUAAGAAAUUUUGAUCGUUGUAUUUUCUUAAAUAAGACAAAAGACAACAUAUCCCAUAAGCAUAUAAUUGAAAUUUGCAAAAACUACUUAACAAAUAUACUACAUAAUAUACAUAAUUUAGAAAAUGAAGGUAAAAUUAGAAAUUAUAUAAAGGAUGCUGAAAUUAAAAAAACGAAACGAAUGUUUAUUAACAAAAUAAGCAAUUUAAAUGACUUCGACUCAGACAAUACAUUAUACAUAAGCGAUGAAUCCUUAAUAAAAAAAAUAAUGCUUACAAAUAAAUAUGAAAAUCAUUAUUUUUAUAAUGAAAAAAAAAUAAGAGAACGAAAAAAAUUGCAUAGAAUAAAUGUUUAUGACGAAAAAUCAGUUAAAACUUAUUUAAUAAAAAAUAAUAUUAGCUUAAAGAAUAAUACCAAUAAAAUUUAUUCAUGUCAUAAAAAUAAGUAUCAAUUAAUAAUUCAUGUUUUAUUUAAUAAAUUUAAAAAUAUUUUUUUUCUUACUUUUCUAAUUUUAUGUAUAUUGCAGCAAAUAAGAAUUAUUAGAAAAAAUAAUUAUGUAUAUUUUGCUAUUAGCUUUUAUUUUUUAUAUAUUUUUUAUAUAUUAAAAGAUAUUGAUAAAAUUAUGCAAAAAAUAAAAAAUGAAAAUAAUGUAAAUUGUAAAUAUUACAAAAGGGUAACUCAUGUAGGACUAAUGGAAGUUAAAUAUUCUAAUAUAAAAGUAGGAGAUAUUCUAUAUUUGGAAGAAAAUGAAGAUUGCCCAGUUGAUCUAAUUUUGCUUAAAAGAUUUGAUAACGAAAAAAAUGUUUUUAUUUCUUCAAAAAAUUUUGAUGGCUAUACAGAUUUAAAAUUAAAAAAAUGUUUAAAGAUUACAAGAAAUUUACCAAAUAUAUACGAUAUUUUUAGAUUAAAAAUAAAAAUAAUAAUUGAAAAGCCACAUAUAUAUUCUGAUAAAAUGAAUGGAUUAUUUAUAUUAGUCAACUGUAAUGAAUUUGUUCAAAGUAUUUAUAAUGAUUUAAAAUCAUUACAAUAUAUUUUUUAUAAAAAUGUUCAUAAUAAAAAAAAUUAUUAUAAUGAAAUUUUUAAUUAUUUAAUUGAAGAUACAUAUAUUGAAAAUUCUUUUAAAUGCUUCAAUUUUUUGUUAAAAAAAUCUAUAUAUUUGUUAGAACAUAGUUGCAAAAUAAAAAAUUGUAGCAAUAUUCUAUGUGAUACACUAUAUCCAGAUAAUUUAAAUAAUAUUUUACACACAAGAAAGAAUAUCAUUAAUAAUUACAACGAUAGUAAAAAUUGUAAUUAUGAUUUAAUUUCCAAAAAUAAUACUUCAAACUCUUUAAAAAACACGAAAAAUGAAGAUAUAACAGAUAAUAAUUAUAUAUCCACUAAUAAUUGUAAUAUAUUUACAAAAAAAGAUAUAUUAAUUAAUAAUAACACGAAAAUUAUAACUAAAACUUAUCAAGAUUCCUUUUGCACUAAUUUAGAUAAUAAUGAUCUUUAUAAUAUUAAUAAAAAUUACUUUAGUUUAAAAAAAAAAAUGAGUCAGAAUACUUAUAUAAAAUAUAAAGAAAAUAUAAAAAUUGAAAAUAUCAUAUGGAGUAAUAGUAAAAUUAUAAAAGGAAACAUAUAUGGUUUGGUAGCAUAUAUAGGAUUAGAUAAAAAAACGAAUAUGAUUGUUAAUAGUAAAAAUAAUAUAUCAUUAAUUGAAAAUGAAAUAAAAGUUAAAAUGAAAAUAUUAUUAAUCAUAAUAGUAACUAUUAGCAGUUUUUUAUGUUUAAGAGAAAAACAUAUAUUAGAAAAAAACAUUGUUGUAAUCUUUUUGAACUAUUUUUUAUUACUAUUUUCAUUCAUGCCUUUUAUUAAUAAUUUUUAUAUAUAUUUAAUAAGCAAAUAUUAUUAUUUUAUUUUAAGAAAAAAUAAAAAAGUUGAUAAGUUUACAAUUUUUAAUUAUAAUAUAAUUAACGAAUUUUCUAACACUUAUUUUCUUUUGUGUGAUAAAACAGGCACAUUAACUAAAAAUGAUUUGCAAUUACAUAAGUUUCAUUUUUUAUUUGAUGAAUUUACAAUAGAAAAUAGUGAACUUUUUUUUAAUAUAUUUUUAAAAAUAGUUGAUUUCAAUCUUGUUUUUAAUUCAUGUAAUAAAAUAAAGAACAAUACUAUUUUAAAAAAUAUAGAAAAAUAUGAUACAGGAAAUAAUGUAUGUUUAUAUAAAAAAAUUUUCAAUAAAAUAUUAAAUUAUACUAACGAGGAAAUAAAUAAAAUUUUCUUAACAUUUUUAUGCAUAUUAUUUUGUAAUAAUAUAAUAAUAACAAAUAAAAAAAAAAACAGUAGGGGAAAUAUAGAAAAAAUUGAAUCCUUGUACUCUACGAGUGUUGAGGAAAAUGUUUUAAUUGAUUUUUUAAAGUAUAACGGUAUGCAUAUUUUAUAUAAAGAUAACAAUCACAUUGUUAUUGGUAUUUAUAAUUCAAUAAAUGCAGAAAAAAAGAGAAAAAAACUAAGAAAAGAGCAAAAUAAAAUAACUAAUACAGAUCAUAAGCAUGCUGAUUGUAAAACAUUUUCAUGUGAAAAUAAUAUAUAUAAUAAAAAUAAGAUAUGGAAUGACACCAAUAUAUAUUGUAAAAAUUCAUUGAAAAAGGAGCAUAGUUUUUACAAAUCAAAUAAAAAAAAUAAUAUUGGAAAUUUAAAACAUUCUAAACAUAGAAAACAUAUAAUGGAUACUUGUAGUACUAGCAAUAAUAGUGAUUAUUCAAAAUACAAUAGAAAAAAUUUUCAAAAAGGUAUAAAAAAAUAUAAUUUUGAAAUAUUAGAAUUUCUUCAAUUUGAUUCUAAUAAUAAAAUUAUGUGUAUUCUUAUUUCUUAUAACAACAAAAUAUUUAACUUCAUAAAAGGAUCAGAUGAAAUAAUUAUUAAUAUGUUAUCUAUUAAAGAAAAUAAAAAACAACUAAAAAAGCUAUGCAAAUGUUUUUCUAGUAAUGGUUUUCGUGUACUAACUUUUGCAUAUAAAGAAAUCCCUCAAAAUGAAUAUGAUGAAUAUAAAAAAAGCUCGAACAAUUUUAAUAAAGAAGAUUAUUUUAAAAACACUUUUAAUAAAAAUAUAAAUAUUUUAGCAAUUAUAACUUUUAAAGAAGAAAUUCAAAAGAAUGCAAAAAUAUGUUUAGAUAUGUUUAGAAAAGCGAAUAUUAAAACGUGGAUAUUAUCAGGUGAUAAAAAGGAAAAUAUAAUGUCUAUUUCAAAUUCUUUGAAGUUAAUCAAUGAAAAUAACAUUUUUUGCGAUUUGAAUGAAAAAAAAUUACUAUAUUUAUAUAAAUAUAAAAAUAAAGCUAUAUCUAAUAUAUCUUCUAAAAAAUGCUUACUUAGUAAUUACUCUUCUUCGAGUUCUUACAAGAAGAAAUUUCACGAUGAUGUUGGAAAAUAUUCAUUUUUUAAUAAUUGCAAUAAUAAUUAUCAAACAAAAAAAAAGAAAACCUUAACAUAUUCAAAUUCUUUGAAAAAUAUUAUGAAUUCUAAUAAUUAUAAUUCUACAAAUAAUAAAAAUAUCAAAAAUAGUGACAAUGAUGACAAAAAAGAAAUUAUAUAUAAUAUCAGUAAUAAUGACAAUAUUAUAAAAAAUGAAUUUUCCUGCUUACAUGAGGAUAAAAGGAAGAAUAUAACUAAUAAUUCAAUACAUACUAAAGGAUAUGAAUUAGAUAAAAAUUCAACACAUAACAUUAUUUUAAAUAAAGAUGAAAUUAUUGGCAUAUUAAAAACAAUGUUAUAUGAUUACGAUAUGAAAAAAAAAAAAAAAAAAAAAAUUGAAAAAAAAAAAAUAAAAGAUUACUGUCUUAAUAAUAUUGUAUAUGUAAUUAAUGGGGAUAUAAUCGAUUACUAUUUAAAAUAUCAGCAAAGAGAAUUUAUUAAUGUUUUAAAAAAUUCCAAGUGUGUUUUAUUUUAUAGGUGUAGUUCAAUUCAAAAAGGAAUGAUAGUUAGAAGUUUAAAAAAAAAUACAAAAUAUAGCAUUUGUUCAAUUGGCGAUGAUGUAAAUGAUUUAAAUAUGUUUAACGAAUCUGAUAUUUCAAUAACAAUUUAUAAUUCAAAAAACAACAUAUGCAAUUUAUAUGCUGAUAUAAAAUUAUCUUCAUUUGAAGAUUUGGGAACUUUAUUUUUUUUAUAUGGUAACGUAAUUUACAGAAAUUUUAAUUUAAUUGCAAAAUAUAUUUAUUAUAGAAGAAUAACCCUUUUUUUUUUACAGUUUUAUUUUUCAUACUUUUUCAAUUGUAGAUUUUCUAUUUUUUCAAAUAUUUCAUUAUUAUGCUACUUUAUACUAUUCACUGUUAUUACUAAUAUAUCAAUCUUGCUAUCACAAAGUGAUAUAAGAGAUAAUGUAUUGAAAAAUAAUAUAAUAUUUUAUAAGUUUUUAAAAAAUGACUUAUUUUCUUUAAAAUUUUUUUAUAAAGUACUAUGGGUAUCUUUAUAUCAAGCAUUCUUAAUAUUUACUUUAAGCUACUAUUUUUUUUUUGACUUAAAUUAUGAAAUAAAUACAUUAACAAUAUUAGUUAUUACUCAUUUAUUACAAUCGUUGUGUUUGUUAAACAAAUGCAGUUUAGUUAUAUUUAUAAUACAUAUUUUGUUUUUUGUAAUUUAUUUUAUACUAUUAAUUAUCUUAAAUAAAUUUCAUUUUAUUUACUUUUAUGUAAACUUAAAGUUACUAAUAAAUAUGUUAAUUUGUAAUAGUAUUAUUAAUUUUCCUUCUAUUAUUUAUUAUUUAUAUAAAAAAUGUAAACACAAAAAUUCUGCAUUAAUUAGCAUGAAAUCUUUUCAAAGUUUUUCUUCAAAAUGCGAUCAAAUUUUUAACAUAGACACUUUCUCCUUUGAUAACGUUGAUUUCAACAUUAAGAAGAAAAAUAUAUUUCAAAGAUGUUUUAGUAAAUUUUUAAAAGAUUAA